AUAACAGGUGCUCAACUCACGAUUCGUUUCCUUAUGAUCUGAAUAUAAUUUUUUAUAUGGUGCCUAUAGAAAAGUAGCUUCUAGCCAUUUUCUAGCAUCUGAUUAAUUCAGACAUACAUUUUUACAUUAAUAAUGGCAUAGGUUUAAUUUUGCUUGAUUCCCAAUGUUUUUUACGGUCCAAGAUGACACGACCCGAUGAAUCGCACAAGUGAAAAUUAGGACAGUGGUUGCAAGCUACAAUCAAUUUGUACAGAACUCUGCUAUUCAACAGGAAAUGUUUUGGUGAUUGUUUGUUGAGGCUUCAGAUUUUAGUCGAUCAACAGGCUUGAGACGUAUUAUAUUCUUAACUGGCUUCGUAAAAAGUUCAGCUUACCAAAAUGCUACCUUUGUGGAAACUACCAGCGUUAUCUUGGCACUGGACAGUUCAUUUGUUCACUGACAGUUUGUCAUUGUGGUAGGCCCAACUUUUUUAAACUGGCUUACUUUUAGAUUAACAACAACAGGGACGGGUCGAAAAUUUCUGCUACGAGCCCUCAGCGAUGAACUUCUAAUUUUCUCGUACAGCUGUGAUCGUCGCAGAAGUUCCCUUUAAUAAUUUGCUUUUGGCCUAGUUGACAAACGACGGUUAAUUGUGGCUUUACGAAAAUCUGGAUAGCUUAUUGGCUCUUGAUACCGAAGCGCGCACUAGUGGCGGACGUUUUAUGAAUUUUUGUUGAGGAAAAUUUGAAGAUUACGUUGACAAAAGUCGAAAUUAGUUCAACGCUUCCAUUUUAUGCAAUUAAACUUAUAUGCUCAAUGCAUAAAUGAAGAGAUCCAACCCACAGUCAGUUAUUAUAUAUGCAUAUGAAAAUCAGCAGCUGUUUGCACGCUAUAAAUAUUUUACUUCGCGGCUAUAUCGUCUACUGGUGUGAUUAUCGUUCGCAUAUUACAAACCUGUAGGAAAACUGAGCCUCGGUGGAUGCUUUUCAAGCUGCUCGUAAGGAAGCGGACACGACUUGGUCUCUUGGCGCCAGUUUAGCGGGUCGAAGAACUCAAAUGUAUGGUUAUUGCAGUCGGAUUUCGAGUCAGUCAGUUUGAGCCAAACUUGUUCACGGCGAUGAAACAGCCAUUCGCGCCGAUGCAGCUCCCUUGAAGCGGUCAGUUGCAUGACGCUGCCACCACACGUAUAGAAGAGAAAGAAUAACGUGUCUUCGGUCAGGCUAGUGUUCAUCGCAAUUCGAACAUUGAGCUGAUCUUACCCUUCCUCGCCUUUGUUCGACUGAGCGAACACAUUAUGUGACAAACAGGAGCCGAAAGGCCCGACGAUUGGUUCUCUGGCCGAAGUCCUUGCUUGAAUCAGCUGACACAUUAAUCGGAAGACCUGAUAUGCGAGACAGAAUUGACCCCAUCGCUUUCUUUGUUAACGUGCAAUAUGCGUCAGAUUGUACCAUACCUGUUCCAACCAAAACGUUCACUUUGUCGGAAUAACCCAUUUCUCUGGGCUAUUCAUCAGGAAGGCUAGCGAGCUUUGCCAUUGUAUGAGACCGGCGUGGUGAACCUUCCAGUACCGGUAACUGCCCGUUUCAAGUAGUAAGAAGAUGUCCCAGACAGGGUUAAGUGUGUCUGCAAAGGCACAACGGAUGACAUCAUAUCACCUAGGGCUUGCCGUCUUGCUCGGUGCACAAAUAAUGCUAUUUUGCAUCUACAGUACUGAGACGCCGGUAGACAAUGUCUAAAUCACCCAAAUAAUACCGUUGUCGGUUAAUGGAGUUAAGGGCUGACUCAUCGGUUUAGGUGAGAUGACUUACGUGAGGGCCGUAUUCUGCUACGAUGGGAGCCUGUUUGCCCACCGCGUUUGAAUGUGCCGCCGCAAGCGAGGCACUACUCUGGUAUACCGAACCGCUUCUACAACUGAUCUGUUCUCGCCGACAACGAUACUUCGAAGUUCCUGUACUUGAUUGGCUGGCUGAUCUGACGACAUGGAGGUGUUCAGAAAGAUUCCGGGAGUAGAGAACGGUUCGUUAAGUCUCAAAGCGUUCACGGAUUUUAUUCGAAAUACGUUCCCUGGAUGCGAUGCCGAUCCACACUUCGAGAAGAAGGUAUUGAUGAUUUUCAAAAGGUUCUCGAUGUCCGAUCCAGACGUGAUGGUUCAGACCGACUUCACAAAACUGUAUGACUACUUUCUGCGUCGGUGCAUGCAUCCGAAGUGUGCCCUGAUUAUCGUGGACUUCCAAAACGAUUUUGUCGAUGGCUCAUUAUCUUUGAAGAGGUGUCCCCGAGGCGAAAAUCCUGAGGUCCUGAUCCCCGGCCUUAACAAGAUGGUGGACCUUUUUGACGUCGUUGUGUACACAUACGAUUGGCAUCCAGAAAACCAUAUAUCUUUCUUGGAAUGCUUCAAAAAAAGAAAGCUUCAUAGCACAUGCACUGAAAAAGCAAGCGAUGUAACCCCUGGCACGAUGCUGGUGUUCGACGUCGAUGGACGGCCGGUCAAACAACAAAUGUGGCCUCGCCAUUGCAUUCAAAACACAAAAGGAGCAGAGCUACAUAAGGGCCUGAAAGUGAAACCGGACUCGAUAAUCAUCCAUAAAGGUGAAGAGGUCGAUGUGGAUUCAUAUUCGGCAUUUUGGGAUAAUUUACGAAUUUCAAAAACGAGUCUCGUGGUCGACUUGCGCAGCAAACAGGUAAACCACGUGUACAUCGCCGGUAUUGCAUACGACGCCUGUGUAUUAUGGACGGCAAUGGACGCAAUGUCGGAAGGGUUUAUGACUACCCUUAUUCGCGACUUAACGUGUUCCAUUGCAAACGAAACGACUGCCGAGGCUGACGCCCGUCUAAAAAAGGCUAACUGCCCACUAAUCUUCAGUCACGAUAUCACGAAGGAAUCGCUCAAUGGUCCUGUAUCAUGGGAAAUUGUUUGGCAGCUGGCCGCAAAAGAAAUCUGAUAUUGUUUAUCAAUAGGAUGAUCUCGCAAGAUUGUUUCGUGCGCCAAGACCAUGGUUGACCUAGACAUCUCUAAGUGGAUUUUAUCUUCAGCUAUAACAGCUCUGUAGGAUUGGCUGGUACGAAGCCGUACCAUUCAUUUGUAAGCACAGGUUUCGUGUCAGCGAGCGACAUCUCGACUACUUAAAAGCUGCUAUUAACACAUUGUUAGUUGAGCCCACGGAACAAAUAAAUGGAAAACAAUAUUUGAACAAAUAUCCGCUGACCGUUGACGUCAAUCCAAUGAAAUUUCUGAAUGUGUUCGUGAAGACCUGACUCGCGUGAUAUCAGGAAAGACUUCAUUCAUUCCAGUAUUCCGAUUAUCAGAAGGUUGUUAACUCAGAUAUACUAGGUCAGACACAACAAGUACUAAGUCCACUAAGGGGAGCAAAUCCGAUAUGAUACUCGCACAAAUGAUACAAAUGGAUUACUAAAAGUGAGAUAAGAUACCUACUGUCUGCGUAUAUUAUAUACACAUAUCUAUACUUUAGUGAAGAUUAAAGUGGUGAAUAAGUGUUGUAAUAGACAAAUAUGAUCGAAUAAAUGAAAGGUUUA